CUCCCGACGCCGCCUCUAAAAGCGCUGCUGAGCUGCACAGCGCUUCCAGCCCCGGCGCUGCUGUGCGGGACGAGAGCAGCAACAGCACGAGUGCAGCAGUCAGAGCUGGGACACAGCGCAGCGCUGCUUUGGCUUCCUCUGUGUGAGUGUGAGCGCUCUCCCGAUGGCAGGACGUCACAGCAAAGGGUCCCAGCUGAGGAUCCUGCUGGUGGGCAAGACGGGGAGUGGGAAGAGCGCGACAGGGAACACCAUCCUUGGGAGGGAGGCGUUUGAAUCGAAGCUGUCAGAAAGUUCCGUAACCUCUGACUACGGCAGUGCCCAGAGCCACUGCUGUGGAAGGGCAGUGGAGGUCGUGGACACUCCAGGCCUCUUUGACACAAGAGAAGCCAACCUGAAAACAGCUGAAAAGAUCAAGAACGGCCUUCGAUACCUCUCUACAGGGGUCCAUGCCAUCGUCCUGGUGAUGCAGCUGGGUCGAAUCACUCAGGAAGAGAAGGAAGUGGUUGAGUGGGUGACCAAGAUAUUCAAUAUUGAAGCACAGAGGUACACAAUCCUGUUAUUCACCCGAGCAGAACAACUGCAGAAACCAGAAGGUCUGAAGAGUUUCAUAGAAGGGAGUUCAUACCUCAAGGCCUUGGCAGCCAAGUGUGGAAAUCGGUACGUUGGAUUCAGCAACACAGCCACCAGGGAGGAGAGGGAUGGGCAGGUUGCAGAGCUCAUCAGCGUGAUUGAUGCCAUGGUCGAGCAGAACGGCGCUGCUCCGUGUUACACGCGAGAGAUGCUGGAGGAAGACACACGGACCUUUUUGCAGAAGGCUCCCCCUGUGAGUGUGAGCGCUCUCCCGAUGGCAGGACGUCACAGCAAAGGAUCCCAGCUGAGCAUCAUCCUGGUGGGGAAGACGGGGAAUGGGAAGAGUGCAACAGGGAACACCAUCCUUGGGAAGGAGGCAUUUCAUUCCAUGUUGUCACCACAUUUGGUAACCCAAGAGUGCAAGGACGUCAAGGACCAUGUUAAUGGAAGACCAGUUCUUGUUAUCGACACUCCUGGCCUAUUUGAUACAAGGGAAACCAAUGAAAAAACAGCUGAAAAGAUUAAGAAUGCGUUUCAGAGAACCAGUGAAGGUGUCCAUGCCAUCAUCCUGGUGAUGCAGCUGGGACAAAUGAGUAAGGAAGAGCAGGAAGUGGCUGACUGGGUGACCAGAAUCUUCCAUUCUAAAGCAUGGAGAUACACAAUCCUCUUAUUCACCCGAGCAGAGCAGCUGGAGCAUCCAAAAGGUCUGAAGGGCUUCAUAGACAGGAGCCCAUACCUCAAGGGCCUGGCAGCCAAGUGUGGAAAUCGGUACAUUGGUUUCAGCAACAUAGCAACUGGAGAGAAAAGGGAUCGGCAGGUUGCAGAGCUCAUCAGCAUGAUUGAUGCCAUGGUAGAGCAGAAUGGCAGAGCUCCGCGUUACACACAGGAAAUGCUGGAGGAAGACACACGGACAUUCUUUGAAAAAGAGCCUUAUGUGAGCGCUCUCCCGAUGGCAGGACGUCACAGCACAGGGUCCCAGCUGAGGAUCCUGCUGGUGGGCAAGACGGGGAGUGGGAAGAGCGCGACAGGGAACACCAUCCUUGGGAGGGAGGCGUUUGAAUCGAAGCUGUCAGAAAGUUCCGUAACCUCUGACUACGGCAGUGCCCAGAGCCACUGCUGUGGAAGGGCAGUGGAGGUCGUGGACACUCCAGGCCUCUUUGACACAAGAGAAGCCAACCUGAAAACAGCUGAAAAGAUCAAGAACGGCCUUCGAUACCUCUCUACAGGGGUCCAUGCCAUCGUCCUGGUGAUGCAGCUGGGUCGAAUCACUCAGGAAGAGAAGGAAGUGGUUGAGUGGGUGACCAAGAUAUUCAAUAUUGAAGCACAGAGGUACACAAUCCUGUUAUUCACCCGAGCAGAACAACUGCAGAAACCAGAAGGUCUGAAGAGUUUCAUAGAAGGGAGUUCAUACCUCAAGGCCUUGGCAGCCAAGUGUGGAAAUCGGUACGUUGGAUUCAGCAACACAGCCACCAGGGAGGAGAGGGAUGGGCAGGUUGCAGAGCUCAUCAGCGUGAUUGAUGCCAUGGUCGAGCAGAACGGCGCUGCUCCGUGUUACACGCGAGAGAUGCUGGAGGAAGACACACGGACCUUUUUGCAGAAGGCUCCCCGUGUGAGUGUGAGCGCUCUCCCGAUGGCAGGACGUCGCAGCACAGGGUCCCAGCUGAGCAUCAUCCUGGUGGGCAGGACGGGGAGCGGCAAGAGUGCGACAGGGAACACCAUCCUUGGGAGGGAGGCAUUUCGUUCUGCACUGUCAGCACAGUCAGUAACCCAGGAGUGCGAGAAAGCUGAAGGCCUCUUUGCUGGAAGACCUGUUGGUGUCGUUGACACUCCUGGCCUUUUUGACACUAAGGAAGUGCUUAGAACAACAGCUGAAAAAAUUCAGAAUGCCUUUCAGUUUGUCUCUGAAGGGUUCCAUGCCAUCAUCCUGGUGAUAACGAUGGGCCGAAUCUCUGAGGAAGAUCGGGAAGUGGCUGAGUGGGUGACCACGAUAUUCAGUAGAGAAGGAAGGAGGUACACAAUCCUGUUAUUCACCCGAGCAGAAGAGCUGGAGCAUCCAGAAGACCUGAAGGCUUUCGUAGAAGGGAGUUCAUUCCUCAAAGGCCUGGCAGCCAAGUGUGGAAAUCGGUACAUUGGAUUCAGCAACAUAGCAACCGGAGAGAAAUGGGAUGGGCAGGUUGCAGAGCUCAUCAGCAUGAUUGAUGCCAUGGUCGAGCAGAACGGCGCUGCUCCACAAUACACACGGCAAAUGCUGCUGAAGGAUUUAUCCAAUGUUCCUGGGAACUCUUGUGCCAUUCUCUAAGUUGAGGCAGGACACAUCUUCUCCUCUGCGCCAUUCCUGCUGCCUGGCGCGCCGAUGCCGGAGGUGCUGAGUGGUGACGGGCUGUGUGGGACCAGCAGGGCACGGGGGCUCCAACAACUCGGCUGCAAGGAGCCUUACCUGCAGAAGCUGGAAGCUGUGAGGCCUGUGGGCCCUCGCUGUGCGGAGGCACCGUGGAACACAGCUGAUCUGCACUUCCUCUCACGGCUGAUAAAGACGACCAGCAGAGACCCUUGUGCAAAGCUCCCACACCUCCUAGACUCACUUGUGCUGCCAUCCUCAGGGCUGCGCUGGGUGCAGGAGUGGUGAAAUACACCUGCCUCCAAAUCCCUCUCCUUUUUCUUCUCCUUUUUCUUUUAUUUGCUUUCCCUCAAAGUAGUUGAUAAGGAACCAGUGCCUCACCAACACCCUUGUGCGUGAUGCUUACUAAGCACUGUUAGAAAGCUGCCUCAUUUGGCCUCAAACUAGUUGAUUAGUUGUUGACAGAAAGCUCAAUAAACUGCAGUUUCUCUUCAA